GGCCGCCCGCGAUCACGAUGUGUCACCUCGGUGACCUAUUUGUGUAUGUGAACUAGUACACUAGCGACAGUGCAAGUGAGGGAUUUCACAUGGAGUGUAGCGUAAGUGUCUUUGUGCUAUAACCGGCGAAGUGAACCGCAUGGGUGGCAUAGAGGCUUGAAAUCGUGUAGCGAUGGCGUCCCCGGUCUGAGGCUCGGCCAUGGGCCCGACGUGAUGGAGGAGGACGAACGGCGCCUGUCGUUCCCGCCGCCGGCGCCGCUCAACUCGCCCGGCGAGGAGAUCGACGGCUCGCGCCUGCUCGGCGAGAUCGUCCGCACGCUCGAGGCCACCAAUCCCGAGGCCGCGGCGCCGCUGGUGGCCUCGCAGUCGCGCGACGAGCUGGCCUCGCCCGCGCCGCGCCGGGAGGAGCUCCGCAUCCCGCUCGAUGUCACGUUCUCGGAGAGCGUGCGGUGCGAGCCGCGGGCGGUGGUCACGCCGUUCACUCGGGAGUCGGCCAAACGGGCCGGCAGCCGGGGGGCCCAACUGGUGCGCGAGUUCGGUUUUAUGCCGCGGCGGCGACUCAGCGUGGAGGACGGCGCGCGGCUCCCUCGCAAAUACGAGCCCUUCCCCCCUAAGCUGUACGGCCGACCGCUCGAGGAGAUCGACAACUUCAUUUACGAUGAGACGUUCUGCGUGGUCUCCAAGCGGUUCCGCAAGAACUACAUCCACCGUUUCACGGCGACGCGCUCGCUGUUCUGGUGGUCUCCGUGGUCGCCGGUCCGGCGCGCCUGCGUCUACCUCUCCACUAACCAGUACUUCGAUUAUUUCGUCAUGGCCACCAUACUGCUCAACUGCGUCUUCCUCGCCAUGUCGGAGACCAUCGAAGAGGCUGAAUACAUUUUCCUGGCGAUCUACACGGCGGAGAUGAUAAUAAAGUGCAUCGCGAAAGGCUUCAUAUUAAACAAGUAUACGUACCUGCGGAACCCGUGGAACUGGCUGGACUUCGUGGUGAUAACGUCGGGCUACGCAACCAUAGGCAUGGAGGUGGGCAACCUGGCCGGUUUGCGGACGUUUCGGGUGCUGCGCGCGCUGAAAACCGUCUCGAUUAUGCCAGGCCUCAAGACCAUCAUCAACGCGCUGCUGCACUCCUUCAAACAGCUGGCGGAGGUGAUGACGCUGACCAUCUUCUGCCUCAUGGUGUUCGCGCUGUUCGCGCUGCAGGUGUAUAUGGGAGAGCUGCGCAACAAGUGCGUGCAGGACCUCCAGCUGCCCCCGGGAGAGAACUUCACCGACGACUUGUGGUCGCAAUGGAUCAAAGACCCGUCCCAUUGGAUGGUGAACGAGGAGGAGAUCCCCAUCAUCUGCGGCAACCUGACGGGGGCCCGGCACUGUCCUGCGCGGUACACCUGCCUCUGCGUGGGCCCCAACCCCAACCACGGGUACACCAACUUCGACAACUUCCUCUGGUCCAUGCUGACCACCUUCCAACUCAUCACCCUGGACUAUUGGGAGAAUGUGUAUAAUAUGGUGCUGUCAUCAUGUGGGCCGAUGUCGGUGUCAUUCUUCACAGUGGUGGUGUUCUUUGGGUCCUUCUACCUCAUCAACCUGAUGCUGGCCGUAGUCGCUCUCAGCUACGAAGAGGAGUCGCAGAUCACACAGGAGGAACGCAAGAAGGACCUAAACGAGCACCGCGACGAUUCCACCUUCAGCUUCGACCCCACCUCUCUGGCAGUGCGCACACUCGCUAGAGACUCCAAGAAGAGGAUAGACGCUCGGAAGGGCCUGCUGCUGGCGUCAUACUCGCGGAAACGAACGAGGCGACGCAAACGGGGGAAGAGCACUAUACAUCAUGGAACAGCUGUUAAUGUGCCGACAGAUAAACAGGAGAGUCGGUCGCGGUCGCGGUCGGUGACGCCUAGCGGGUCGCCGCCUCCCCUUCCCGCGCCGCCCGCGGCGCCGCCCCCCGCACACACCCUGCAUCCUGAUAACGCUUUGGGUCGUGGCGCGCUCAGCGUGGCGGGUCGGCAGUUGAGCGACCACAGCAACAACCGUGAGUCGUCGCUCGACGACUCCGGCGUCGUCGACGACCACGACGAGGAGCACACGUCCGACGACCAAGCGCCGCACCCCCAUCGCCGGUUACUGCCGCCACAGCCGCAUCCGACCACGCUGGCGCUUAAACCGGAACCAAAAAAGCCAGAAAUAACCGAGAAGCCCAAUCCAAAAACAGAAAUAAAAGCUGAGAAGUCGAAAAAGAAUGACAAGGGCAUGCAAGAGAAGUAUCCACUUAAUCCGGACUAUCUCAAUCAGAUCGUGGUGCUAGGGGCGGACUGGCCAUACAAGCGACAAGACCUCCCUCCGCCGGAACCGACGAAAAUUAAUGAGCUCAGUAUAUUGGCAGCCACGCACAAAGCUCAUUUGGGCGAUUUUGAGCAAAAUUGCACUUAUUUCACAGAUGAGCUGGUGGACAGGAACUGUGAGUGCUGCGUUACCUGUUGCAUCGACUACGAAGGCUGGCUGCAGUUUCAGAACGGACUUUAUGGGAUAGUCAAGGAUCCGUUGUUCGAAUUGUUCAUAACGACGUGCAUAGUUCUUAAUACUCUGUUCCUCGCGCUAGAACACCACGGUAUGAGUGAGAACGUGAGACAAGCUUUGGAUAUAGGAAAUAAGGUUUUCACAUCAAUAUUUACGUUGGAAUGUAUAAUGAAAGUGAUGGCAAUGAGUAAGGAUUUUUUUGCGUGCGGCUGGAACAUUUUUGAUCUGAUCAUAGUCUCUGCGAGUCUUCUUGACCUUAUAUUUGAGUUGGUCGAUGGUCUAUCGGUGUUGAGAGGCCUACGAUUGCUGCGAGUGUUAAAGUUAGCUCAAUCGUGGACGACAAUGAAGGUGCUACUCAGUAUUAUCAUAUCGACCAUCGGCGCGCUGGGUAACUUGACAUUCGUGUUAGUUAUAGUUAUAUACAUAUUCGCUGUUAUUGGCAUGCAAUUGUUUUCCAAGUCGUACACGCCCGAGAAGUUCGAUCCGGACCCCAUACCCAGAUGGAACUUCAAUGAUUUUUUUCAUUCAUUUAUGAUGAUAUUUCGAAUACUCUGUGGAGAGUGGAUAGAGCCUCUCUGGGACUGUAUGAGAGCGGAGCAGGCGAGCGGGGCUGAGAGUUGUUUCUUUAUUUUUUUACCCGCACUAGUGAUGGGAAACUUCAUGGUCCUCAACCUCUUUCUUGCCUUGUUACUCAAUAGUUUUAAUAGUGAAGAGCUUAAGAAUAGGAAAGAGGAAGUGGGCGAAGAUUCCAAACUAGCAAAGAGCUUCGAUAGAAUACGUUCAAUAGUUCGUAAGAAAGGGUUUCUAAUAUCGAAGAGCAAAGAGACUGAGAAGAAGACGAAACUAGAGGAGCUAGUGAACGAAUUCAUGAUACAGCAUCGAGCUAUGAAGGAGGCUAAUAAGGCAGCCGAACCCACCUUCACCACGCCCAUACAGGAGACAGUGAUGUUCCCUCACGAUAAUAUAUACAGUCAUAGCUAUCAGGAGGCUUUGAACAGGCCGAUAUCCGUAGGUUCGGACUUCGCGUACCCUCCUAUGUACCACGGUACUUUCAACCACGGCAGCCAGGAGACACUGAAAGAUGUGAGGGACCUCGCUAUAGAACAUAAGAUAACUAGCAUAAGGGAGGAUUCGAAGGAGAACCUGGAUGAAACAUCCUCGACCGAGCAGGUGGUUGCCCAGAGGUUGCUCAACCAGAUGUCUUCGGGGUACCAUACGCAACCUUCGGAUUCUAGAGACGAGAAUGAGCAUUACGAAAUGGCGCAGCUAUCGAGUCGGACGACGCCCGAGAAACACAAGUAUGAUACCACGAAGAUGAUGUCCAAAGAGAGACUGCCAAGGCCGGGGGAAGAGGACAUGAAGCACCCCUGGCAGACCCUGGUGUCUUAUGUGGAUGAGCUGACAGUGGGAGGAAGGAAGAACUCCAAGGGCCAGUAUACAGAUGCGAUGGGAAAGUUCCCAGGGUUCGGGAAGAGGAAGGAACCAAAAGUGCCUCAAGAUUGUUUUCCUAAGCAGUGUUAUAAAAGAUGUUUCUGUUGGGACGCAUGCAUCCGAACGAAGCUCGGUCAGCGAUGGAUGUUCAUCCGUACCUUCAUCCUUCGUUACGUCGACACUCCCGCUUUCGAGUGGUUCGUCCUCGUCCUCAUCUUCGCUUCCAGCAUCACCCUCUGCUUCGAAGACAUCCACUUGGAGAAGAACAAACCCCUCAAGAAGAUAUUGUACUGGACCAACCUCAGUUUCUGCAUGAUCUUCGUCGUUGAGAUGUUGUUUAAGUGGGUGGCGUUGGGGUUUUAUAGAUACUUCACGAGUUUUUGGACGUUGCUGGAUUUUACUAUAGUUUUUGUUUCCGUGUUUAGUUUAUUAAUAGAAGAGAAUGAGAACUUAAAGGUGUUGAGGUCGUUGCGAACUUUAAGGGCAUUGAGGCCCUUACGAGCGAUAUCAAGGUGGCAGGGUAUGAGGAUAGUGGUUAACGCCCUUAUGUACGCGAUACCCAGCAUUUUCAAUGUGCUCCUAGUGUGUCUGGUGUUUUGGUUGAUAUUCUCCAUAAUGGGUGUCCAGUUUUUUGGCGGGAAGUUUUUUAAAUGUGUGGAUGAAGAGGGAGAGUUGCUACCUUUAGAAAUAGUUAACGAUAAAUGGGAGUGCUACUACAAUAACUUCUCGUGGAUCAACUCUAAGAUAUCCUUCGACCACGUAGGGAUAGCGUACUUGGCGCUGUUCCAAGUAGCCACAUUUGAGGGUUGGAUGGAGGUGAUGGCUGAUGCUGUAGAUGCGAGAGGAGUGGAUCUCCAGCCGGCCAGGGAAGCGAAUAUAUACGCGUACAUCUACUUCGUCAUAUUUAUAGUUUGCGGAUCAUUCUUCACACUCAACCUGUUCAUAGGAGUCAUCAUUGAUAAUUUUAAUAUGCUUAAGAAAAAGUACGAAGGUGGUGUCCUUGAGAUGUUUCUAACGGAGAGCCAGAAGCACUACUACACAGCGAUGAAGAAACUCGGUAGAAAAAAGCCGCAAAAAGUGAUAAAACGCCCCAGAAACCAGUUCUUAGCGAUGUUCUAUGAUUUGUCUAAUUCUAGAAGAUUUGAAAUCGCCAUAUUUGUUUUGAUAUUUCUGAACAUGCUGACGAUGGGCAUAGAACACUAUGACCAGCCGCACUCAGUGUUCUUUAUAUUAGAAGUUAGUAACGCGUUUUUUACAACGGUGUUUGGUUUAGAAGCGAUAGUGAAAAUCGUCGGUCUCCGGUACCACUACUUCACGGUGCCGUGGAACGUGUUCGACUUCCUGCUGGUGCUGGCCUCCAUCCUCGGCAUCGUGAUGGAGGACAUCAUGAUCGACCUGCCCAUCUCGCCCACGCUGCUGCGCGUCGUGCGCGUCUUCCGCAUCGGGAGGAUAUUAAGACUGAUUAAAGCCGCAAAAGGCAUAAGGAAGCUGCUGUUCGCAUUGGUAGUGUCGUUGCCAGCACUCUUCAACAUCGGGGCUCUGCUGGCGCUCAUCACGUUUAUCUACGCCAUCAUCGGCAUGUCGGUGUUUGGCCAUGUCAAAGAACAGGGGGCGUUGGAUGACAUUGUCAACUUCCAGACCUUCGGAAGGAGCAUGCAGCUGCUUUUUCGUUUGAUGACGUCAGCGGGAUGGAACGAUGUUCUAGAAUCUCUCAUGAUCCAGCCACCGGACUGCACGCUGGGUGACUCGGGUCAUUCCAACGGCAACUGCGGCAGCCCCCUCCUGGCCAUCACGUACUUCACCUCCUUCAUCAUCAUCAGCUACAUGAUAGUCAUUAAUAUGUACAUAGCCAUUAUACUCGAGAACUUCAAUCAGGCGCAUCAGGAGGAGGAGAUUGGUAUCGUGGAGGAUGAUCUGGAGAUGUUCUAUAUCAGGUGGUCGAAGUAUGAUCCACAUGCAACACAAUUUAUAAGUUUUGCUCAAUUAUCAGAUUUUAUAGCUUCCUUAGACCCACCGUUGGGUAUUUCUAAACCAAAUACAGUAGCGUUAGUAAGUUUUAAUCUACCCAUCGCUAGAGGCAAUAAAAUACAUUGUUUAGAUAUACUACAUGCGCUAGUCAAGCAUGUAUUAGGUCAUGUAGAAGAGACAGAAACGUUCAGACAGCUACAGGAGCAGAUGGACAUUAAGUUUAAGAAACAGUUCCCUACGAGGAAAGAAUUAGAAAUAGUUUCGUCUACUAGAAUAUGGAAGAGGCAGGAUAAAGGCGCUAGAACUAUACAGCGGGCGUGGAGAGAAUAUUUAAAGCGAAAGAAUCGUAGUCCCUCACAAGAGGAGGAGAGUACGAAAUGGUCGCCGGGUACGGGUUGGGGUGGGAGGCUGAGCGCGCUCUUACACGUGCGCAGGGGGUCACAUGCCUCCAGUCGUAAGUCUUCGAGAGCGUCCGACGCCUCCGACAUCAGCGAAAUCGGUGGAGCCUGGUUGAAUCUACCGCUGCUGUUGCUACCGGGAGCGGCGCCGGGGGAACAGCCGAGUGGGUCGGAAUCGGCACCGCCGCGGAGAAGAUCGGCGUACGGUUUGCCAUUUUUUCUGCGCCACCAAGAUGCGGUUGACGAAGAUGGCACUCUGAAACGCGCAGGUUCACUUAGGUGUUCACUGAACUCGCGGCCGCCGUCGGCGAAGCGCAAAGCGCCGAGGACUCCGUCUCCUCACGCCAGCUCCGCCGUCAGCAUCCUCGUCACGGAGGCGUCCCCCGACAACCCCCCGCCUCCGGAAGACCCCCCGCCGCCAGACAAUCCUCCACCCCCCGCCACCGUCGUCCGCGUGCUCGUCCAUCGGGAAAGCGACGAGCAGCCCAGCUGAUGAACCCAAACUCUGGCGACUGCCAACCAAUACAUCGAACGAGCAUGAGCAUCCACGAGGUCUAGCCGGCGCCCCUGGCAGAGGUUGUUUGCGAAGCGUCUCCAUAGAUAAUUUGUCUCCGCUUCGCUACGCUCACUCGCGCUUCGAACUACGGAGCCCAGACAAAUAAUUCUAUGAAAUUACAGUAUACUUAUCAGCGUAUGUGAUCUCAAUAUAGUUUAGUAUAGAUCCUACGAAGGAACCGACAAAUAAAAAACUUCCAUAUUGCAAUAAAUUAAGGUGCAAUUUUCACUACAGUUUGAGAAUCGCUUAGCUUUCGCUUAUAGAUCGCAGAUUAGUUUAACACAAGUGCCCUCUUUAGCGUAGUGUUAUAUAAUUUGUACUGUAAAUAUUGUUAAGGCGUCGACUGCUGUAUUCACGCUACCAUCGCUAUCGACUUAAGUUUACAAGCGUUGGAACUAAGGAUGGCCGCGUAAACACUUUUUCCGUAUUCGUUAUCCGUAUUCGGAAAUCCGAAUGCAUGGAAUCAGUAGAAAAUACA